AUGACCACCGAACAAGAAACAGCACCGGUUGCAUCGACAGUCGUGGACCAAUUAACUACUUUUUUGGCUCUCAUCAGGAGUUCAGCUGUGAAGUUUGAUCCUCGUUACAUCCUAAAGGUUUUCCGUGAAUUGACAUCAAUAAGAAGAAGCAUCAAGGCCGACGACUUGAUUAGUUUGAUCAACAGUGUGUAUCCACCAUCUUACCCCACUGUAGAAUAUUUGAUUGGGGCGUUGACGCCCUUCAGCAAUGGCACACAUGUGAUAAUUCGGAACAACGAUCAGAGCUACAGCGUCAGCAGCAAUGGCAACAACAGUGAGAUGGAUGUUGACACCGACGGCUUAGCCGUUGAAGAGGAUAGCGACGAGGUGUUGCCAGAAAUCGAUAUCUUUAUACAUCUCUUAGUCCAGAUAUUCUUGCACGAUCUGGGAGAGACCAAGGCCUUACAUACGUUCAACAGACAUGUGAUCAAAGCAUUAAAGAGCUACAACAAAAGAACUUUGGACUAUAUACAGGCGAAGGUAUGGUACUAUGUGUUCAGAUCGAGCGAGCUGGCCAACGACUUGAUCAACAUCAGAGUGGAGUUGAUGAACGCGUUGCGGACCGCCACACUCAGACACGACACAGAGACAAGGGCGUCAGUCAUCACUCUAUUGCUCAGAGACUACAUUUUGACGAACGAUAUAAACCAGGCGUACAAUUUGGUGGAGAAGACAGAAUUCCCAAACGAGGCCACCAACUCCGUUGUGGCCAGAUACUACUACUACUUGGCUAGAAUCCAAACGAUCCAAUUGGAUUACUCGUCUGCCAACGAGUGUGUUAUCACUGCGAUCCGGAAAUGCCCACAGACAAAGAAUGCACUAGGGUUCUUACAAUCUGCUACGAAGCUUCAAAUUUUGAUUCAGUUGUUGACCGGUGAAAUCCCAGAACUAUCCAGUUUUGACGAUCCCCUUCUCGCAAAAUCUCUAAGACCAUAUUCUACUGUCACGAAGGCUGUUAGAUUGGGUGAUUUGACAAUUUUCAACGACUCUUUGGAAACUUUUGGCGAACACCUUAAGAAGGACAACAAUUACAACUUAGUGUUACGUUUGAGACAAAAUGUCAUCAAGACGGGUAUUCGUAUCAUCUCUUUAUCUUACAAGAGAAUUUCUUUGAAGGAUAUUUGUAUCAAGCUUCAUUUGGAUAGUGAGCUCACUGCAGAAUACAUUGUUGCCAAGGCGAUUAAAGACGGAGUUGUUGAUGCCACGAUCAACCACACUAAGGGCUACAUGGAGUCUGACGAGGUCUGCUACGUGUACAGUACCACUAGCCCACAGGAGGAGUUUGACCGCCGUAUCAAGUUCUGUAUGCAGUUGCACAAUGACAGUGUCAAGGCAAUGAGGUAUCCGAUGAACGAGGACCGCCGGGAUGUGGAUGCCGACACUCAGGCCCGGGAGCGUGAGCAAGAGCUUCUACAGUUUUUGCAGGAGGAAGACUUCUAA